AUUGGCUACGAGGUUCGGGACGCGUGCAUGGUGGGCUUUGUCAGACUGCGUAAUGGUGUUCACGUCAGGGUUAGUAACGCAGUCAGUCAGAUUUAAAGGUGCAGGACGACAGCCACGAGUCCAUGUCCACGUCCACGUCCACGUCCACGAAACUCGUCGUCCUGUUUCUGAUCUCUGUCAUAUCCGCCAUCAUUCUCCUCCCGCGUGCCACUUUCUUCAAGCGUCCUCCAAACCUCCGGUCCGUCAUGACGUCACCCCUUCCGGUGAAUCAGUCCGAGUGGAAAGCCGCGUUAGACUCGCUCCCAUCUACACCAGACAAGAUACCCGCUUUCUUCUACGCCCACGGCAGUCCCUUUCUCGCCUAUCCGGAGCACCUGAGCCACGGUGGAGGCCUCACAGAUUGGCAGGGGCCCAAGGGUCCUCUUGCAACAUUCCUCAAGGACUUUGGUCCCGUCCUUUUGCAAAAGUACAAGCCUCGCGGAAUCGUCGUGUUUAGCGCACAUUGGGAGACACUGGGCGAAAGACUGGUGACCGAUUAUGGUUCCGAGAACCCGUUGUUGAUGGACUACUACGGGUUCCCGUCUGAACUGUAUAAAUUGAAGUUUAGAUCAAAAGGAGAUUCCGCAAUCUCGCAGCGGAUCGUGCAGUUGUACAAACAGGCCAACUAUCUCGCCCGCACCACUACCAAUCUCGAAUCCCGCGGUGAAGAUGGACGUGGCUUCGAGGGACCUGGGCUGGAUCAUGGCGUCUUUGUUCCAUUUAGAUAUAUGUUUGGUGAAGAAUUCAUGGACACGCCUAUCGUUCAAGUGUCCAUCGAUUCCUCCAUGUCCCCCGAAGCGAACUGGAAGCUCGGCAAGACAGUGGCUGCAUUGAGGGAAGAAGGCAUACUUGUCCUUAGCGGAGGGUUACUUAUCCACAAUUUACGCGACUUUUCUUCCUUUGAUCCUAAUGCAGCAAAGUCAAUAGUCAAGAGUUUUGACAAGGCUAUUCUAGAUGCCGUGGCGAUACCUGAGCCUGAAGAGCGGAAACAGGCCAUGUUCAACCUCACCAAGCACUCUGGCUUCCGUGCAGCCAACCCCAGAGAAGAACACUUUGUUCCGUUGUACAUUGCAGCAGGAGCCGCAGAAACGGGUAAAGUCAAGAUCCUGAAUGCAUUGUACGGGAUAUCCACUAUAGCAUUCGGAGUGUAGUAAAUGCAAUGCAACUAGGUGCUUAAUCUCUAAAUAUUUUAAUGGAACAUCUACACCUAUGUCGAUUACUUUGGGCAUCAAUGAAACCUCGAUCUCCC